ACGUCAUAUCCUGGUGGUGUCGCCACACAAACAUCCGCUCCCUCCCAACAAUGAUAGUCCGCGCUGUGCUCCAGGCUCUCCGCGGCAGUGCCAAGUGUUGGCGACACCGGGCUGUGUUGAAAGCUGCUCUGGGGCCGUCGGGCUUCGGCAGGUGUCGCUGGUUGUCCGCGCCGCCGAGUAGAAGCGUUGCGAGCAUGGAGGACCUCCUCGCCCGGCUAGUGUCGCCUUUACCCACCUACGAGACCCGAGAGAAAUGCCCCCCGCCUCCCGAAUCCAGCAGCCUGGAGUUCAUGCACUUCUACAAGAGCCUGGAGUCGGACGACAAACUGGCCGUCUUGGCGAAGCUGUCGCGGGACUUCGGGGUGGAUCACCGGAGCGUGUCGGAGUUCGCCGGCAAGGUGCUGGACACUCAACUGCGGGACUUGGCCACCGUCAUGCAGGCGGAGGAUCGGCUUCGCUACAGUUUGACACCCCGCUAUAAACAGCUGCUGAACCACAUCAGCAAGGUGGAAGGAGGGGUGAAGUUUCUGGUGGACCUCAGAGCCGACGUGCUGGCAGUCGUCGCCUCGAAAAGUAGCGAGAGCCCGCAUCUCAGGGACCUGAAUGGUACGCUGAAAAGCAUGCUGUCAGAGUGGUUCUCUGUUGGCUUGCUCCGACUCGAGCGGAUCACCUGGAAGUCACCCUGUGAGAUCCUACAAAAGAUCAGCCAAUACGAGGCGGUGCACCCUAUAAGGAACUGGGCUGACCUGAAGCGAAGAGUGGGGCCUUACCGCCGCUGUUACGCCUUCACCCACGCUGCCAUGCCGGGGGAGCCUCUUGUCGUGCUACAUGUGGCCCUCACUGAAGACAUCUCUGAUAACAUACAGAGUAUUGUUCGGGAGUUUUCAUCCCUUGAACUGGAGGAGGAUGUGAAUAAGAUAAACGCAGCCGUCUUCUACUCCAUCUCCUCCACACAGGCUGGUUUACAAGGAGUGGAGCUGGGCAACUACCUGAUUAAGAGGGUGGUACGGGAACUCCAGAGCGAAUUCCCCCACAUGGCGCAGUUCUCCAGCCUCUCGCCCAUCCCAGGUUUCUCCUCCUGGCUCCAAGGCUUCCUCAGCCAAUACAGGAAGGAAGGCCGCGGCCUGGACCUCCUAUCCGAGCAGGAGUGGCGGGAAGUGGAGCAAGCCACUGACAUCGGCACCAUGGACGCCCUUCGCAAGCUGAUCGCCACCAGCGAAUGGAUGCGUUCGGAACGUCUCUCCCGUGUCCUGGAGCCUGUCCUAAUGCGGCUCUGCGCCUGGUAUCUCUACGGCGAGAAACGGCGGGGCUACGCGCUGAACCCGGUGGCCAAUUUCCACUUGCAGAACGGCGCCACCAUGUGGAGGAUCAACUGGCACGCUGACACCAGCCCGAAAGGCGUGGCUAACUCUUGCGGCAUUAUGGUGAACUAUCGCUACUUCUUGAACGAGACCUCCAAAAACAGUGCCCUCUACCUGCAGAAUAAGGUCAUCACGGCGUCAGAUCAAGUUGUGGGUUUGGUGUCCCAGUUUCAGAAGAACAGCAAACUUUGAGAAACUGACAAAUAUGAGAUGCGUCUCCAAGGCCCAGUUGUUGAAAAACAAAAAAAUAUAUACAUUCCACGUGUUUCAAAUUCUAACUUUAAAUUUCAACUUUUAAACUUUAGAAAACACAGGGAUGCCGUUGUCGGAAACUAUAUUUGGACGAGGUUUUUUGGAAGUGUCUGUAAAUAUUAGGUUUCCAAUCAGGGUUAGAAAUGAAUACAUUUUGUUUGAUUUUGGCAGCUUUUAAGAGGAUUAUAUUAUUUCUACCUUACUAGUCUCUAGUGUUAGGUAGUGUAUCAUUUCCAACUGUACGGUUCAAAAAUCAGUUGAAAAAUUAUUAGGUUAAAACCAACAUUGGAUUAUGUGAUGUACCGUAUUUUUCGGAGUAUAAGUUGCACCUGCGGAAAUUACAUAAUAAAGAAGGAAAAAAAUAUAUGUAAGUCGCACUGGAGUAUAAGUCGCAUUUUUGGGCGAAAUUUAUUGGAUAAAACCUAACACCAAGAAUAGACAUUUGAAAAGCAAUUUUAAAAUAAAUAAAGAAUAGUGAACAGGUUGAAUAAGUGUAGGUUAUAUGAGGCAUAAAUAAGCAACUGCUAUGUUAACCUAACAUAUUAUGGUAAGAGUCAUUCAAAUAACUAGAACAUAGGGGUAGGGAACCUAUGGCUCUAGACUGGAUGACUGCAUCUGGUUCUCAGAUAAAUCUUAGCUGACGUUGCUUAACACGAUAAGUAAUUAAUAAUUCCGCUGGUGUUCACAGUGUUAAAAAUAACGUUCAAAAUAUAAAACACUCUCAUGCAUUUUAAUCCAUCCAUCCGUUUCUAUCCCACCUGUUCAAGAAGUCGCAUUAAUGGUCAAAAGUAUUUUAUUUAUUAUUGGUUACUUUCAGAAUAACAAUGUUAUUAAAAAGAAUAAGAAAUGCACGCAUUAAGUUGUUGUAAUUAGGGAAAGUCCAAAUAAAAGAGGAGGCGUAGAAUUCUCUAGUCAGAGCGUGGGAUGACACUGGACAAGGUACAGGUCUACACGUUUGUCCUCAUUUGAGCUGAAUUGAAUCCAGUCUCUGUUUAAUUCCUUGCUUCUUGUUCUGUUUAAUAGAUGCCAUCAGUGUUUGAACCUGACAGUUGCAUUCGGUGUUAAAAAUAUUAUACGCCUCUCAAGGAAAUACAUUUUAAAAUAUUUGGCUUUCAUGGCUCUCUCAGCCAAAAAGGUUCCCGACCGCUGCUAUAACAUAUAGAACAUGCUAUACCUUUACCAAACAAUCUGUCACUCCUAAUCCAUAAAUCCCAUGAAAUCCUAUUCGUCUAGUCCAGGGGUCGGGAACCUUUUUGGCUGAGAGAGCCAUGAAAUCCAAAUAUUUCAAAAUGUAUUUCCAUGACAGCCAUAUAAUAUUUUUUAACACUGAAUACAGUGAGAUGCGUGCAUUUUUAAGUAAGACCAACAUUUUAAGAGUAUAAUAAGUAUCUUAUUCUUUUUAAUAACAUUGUUAUUCUAAAAGUUAACCAAUAAUAAAUAUAAUACUUCUUUCCAUUAAUGCGACAUCUUGAACGGGUGCGAUAGAAAACGGAGGGUUGGAUUAAAAUGCAUGAGAGUGUUUUAUAAUUUCAACGUUAUUUUUAACACUGUGAUUGCCAGCAGAAAUAUUAAUUACUUAUCAUGUUAAAGGGGAACAUUAUCAGCAGACCUAUGUAAGCGUCAAUAUAUACCUUGAUGGUGCAGAAAAAAGACCAUCUAUUUUUUUAACCGAUUUCCGAACUCUAAAUGGGUGAAUUUUGGCGAAUUAAACGCCUUUCUGUUUAAUGCGCUGGAGGCGAUGACGUCAGAAUGUGACGUCGCCGAGGUAACAAAGCCACCAUUUUCAUUUUCAACACAUUACAAACACCGGGUCUCAGCUCUGUUAUUUUCCGUUUUUUCGACUAUUUUUUGGAACCUUGGAGACAUCAUGCCUCGUGGGUGUGUUGUCGGAGGGUGUAACAACACUAACAGGGAGGGAUUCAAGUUGCACCACAGGCCCCAAGAUGCCAAAGUGUCUGCCGCCAGACCCCCAUUGAAUGUACCGUAGUGUCUCCACAUUUUACCGGCGAUGCUAAGACAGACAUGGCACAGAGAUGUAUGGAUAACCUGCAGAUGCAUUUGCAACCAUUAAGUCAACGAAAUCACAAAGGUGAGUUUUGUUGAUGUUGACUGCCAGCUAAUCGACGCUAACAUGCUACGCUAAUCGAUGCUAACAUGCUAUUUACCAGAGGUGCUAAAGCAGACAUGGCACAGAGAUGUAUGGAUAACCUGCAGAUGCAUUUGCAACGAUAGUCAACGAAAUCACAAAGGUGAGUUUUGUUGAUGUUGACUGCCAGCUAAUCGAUGCUAACAUGCUACGCUAAUCGAUGCUAACAUGCUUGAUUGAUUGAUUCUUUUAUUAGUAGUUUGCACAGUACAGUACAUAUUCCGUACAAUUGACCACUAAAUGGUAACACCCGAAUAAGUUUUUCAACUUGUUUAAGUCAGGGUCCACGUUAAUCAAUUCAUGGCUGCUAUUUACCGGCGGUGCUAAAGCAGACAUGGCACAGAGAUGUAUGGAUAACCUGCAGAUGCAUUUGCAACGAUAGUCAUCGAAAUCACAAAGGUGAGUUUUAUUGAUGUUGACUGCCAGCUAAUCGAUGCUAACAUGCUACGCUAAUCGAUGCUAACAUGCUACGCUAAUCGAUGCUAACAUGCUAUUUACCGGCGGUGCCAAGACAGACAUGGCACAGAGAUGUAUGGAUAACCUGCAGAUGCAUUUGCAACGAUAGUCAACAAAAUCACAAAGGUGAGUUUUAUUGAUGUUGACUGCCAGCUAAUCGAUGCUAACAUGCUACGCUAAUCGAUGCUAACAUGCUAUUUACCGGCGGUGCUAAAGCAGACAUGGCACAGAGAUGUAUGGAUAACCUGCAGAUGCAUUUGCAACGAUAGUCAACGAAAUCACAAAGGUGAGUUUUGUUGAUGUUGACUGCCAGCUAAUCGAUGCUAACAUGCUACGCUAAUCGAUGCUAACAUGCUUGAUUGAUUGAUUGAUACUUUUAUUAGUAGAUUGCACAGUACAGUACAUAUUCCGUACAAUUGACCACUAAAUGGUAACACCCCAAUACGUUUUUCAACUUGUUUAAGUCAGGGUCCACGUUAAUCAAUUCAUGGCUAACAUGCUAUUUACCGGCGGUGCUAAAGCAGACAUGGCACAGAGAUGUAUGGAUAACCUGCAGAUGCAUUUGCAACGAUAGUCAUCGAAAUCACAAAGGUGAGUUUUGUUGAUGUUGACUGCCAGCUAAUCGAUGCUAACAUGCUACGCUAAUCGAUGCUAACAUGCUACGCUAAUCGAUGCUAACAUGCUAUUUACCGGCGGUGCCAAGACAGACAUGGCACAGAGAUGUAUGGAUAACCUGCAAAUGCAUUUGCAACGAUAGUCAACGAAAUCACAAAGGUGAGUUUUAUUGAUGUUGACUGCCAGCUAAUCGAUGCUAAGAUGCUACGCUAAUCGAUGCUAACAUGCUAUUUACCGGCGGUGCUAAAGCAGACAUGGCACAGAGAUGUAUGGAUAACCUGCAGAUGCAUUUGCAACUAUAGUCAUCGAAAUCACAAAGGUGAGUUUUAUUGAUGUUGACUGCCAGCUAAUCGAUGCUAACAUGCUACGCUAAUCGAUGCUAACAUGCUAUUUACCGGCGGUGCUAAAGCAGACAUGGCACAGAGAUGUAUGGAUAACCUGUAGAUGCAUUUGCAACUAUAUUACGUUUCCUUCCACCCACAUUUAAUGCGAAACAAACACUUACCAAUCGACGGAUUUAAGUUGCUCCAGUGUCAAAAGAUGCGAAAGUCCUGAUCGUUUGGUCCGCACAUUUUACCGGCGAUGCUAACGCAGCUAUUCGGCCAUGCUAUGGCUAUGAAUUCGCUCAAUAGCUUCAGUUUCUUCUUCAAUAUUUUCAUACUCCAACCAUCCGUUUCAAUACAUGCGUAAUCUGUUGAAUCGCUGAAAUCCGAGUUUGAAUCCGAGCUAAUGUCGCUAUAUCUUGCUGUGGUAUUCCCAUUGUUUGUUUACAUUGGCAGCACUGUGUGACGUCACAGGGAAAUGGAUAGUCGAAUCGCAAAUAGCGAAAAUCGAGCACUUUAAAGCUUUAUUUAGGGAUAUUCCGAGACCGGUAAAAUUUUGAAAAAAAACUUCAAAAAAUAUAACAAGCUACUGGGAACUGAUUUUUAUUGUUUUUAACCUUUUUGAAAUUGUGAUAAUGUUCCCCUUUAAGCAAUGUCAGCUAAGAUUUAUCUGAGAACCAGAUGCAGUCAUCAAAAGAGCGCCAUCUGGCUCUAGAACCAUAGGUUCCCUACCCCUGGUCUAGUCUCUUACGUGAAUGAGAUAAAUAAUAUUAUUUGAUAUUUUAUGUGGGCUUCACGGUGGGAGAGGGGUUAGUGCGUCUGCCUCACAAUACGAAGGUCCUGCAGUCCUGGGUUCAAAUCCAGGCUCGGGAUCUUUCUGUGUGGAGUUUGCAUGUUCUCCCCGUGACUGCGUGGGUUCCCUCCGGGUACUCCGGCUUCCUCCCACUUCCAAAGACAUGCACCUGGGGAUAGGUUGAUUGGCAACACUAAAUUGGCCCUAGUGUGUGAAUGUUGUCUGUCUAUCUGUGUUGGCCCUGCGAUGAGGGGGUGACUUGUCCAGGGUGUACCCCGCCUUCCGCCCGAUUGUAGCUGAGAUAGGCGCCAGCGCCCCCCGCGACCCCGAAAGGGAAUAAGCGGUAGAAAAUGGAUGGAUGGAUAUUUUAUGUGUUAAUAAUUUCACACAUAAGUCGCUCCUGAGUAUAAGUCGCACAAACUAUGAAAAAAACUGCGACUUGUAGUCCGAAAAAUACGGUAAUCGAAUUUCGCCAAAAAAUUUUUUUUUAAUUCAAAAUGACAAUCAGAUUAUCUUUGAAAAACUGGGCCCAGAGGAUGAUAAAAGGAAUGCCUUUUCGAUCCCCGAGAAGUCGUCAGUUGCUGUUGUUUGCAGUUCUUUGAACUCCUAGGUCAGCUUUAAUUUCUAGUCGAGGUUUCCUUGGCAGCCAAUGACUCGCGCCAGGAUUUAGCAUGUUCCAGGAUAACAGCGUGUGUAAUGGUGAAGUCGGAACAACGGGGGAGCGCAGCUACUGGAAUAAAUGAGCUUUACACUCGGGUGAGUCGUUUGGCAGUAAGAGACACCUGCUGUCAUACCGCCUACCCCUGGCAAAUAGUCCCAGACUGCAAAUGUCCCUCCAAAAGAAGAUUUUGCUAUAAAUAAUUAUCCCACAUGCUUCGGGUCGUGACCUCCGUGCUCCGCAGACAUCACCUCCAAGCGGCGGGACGCGGCCAAAGCCUUUGUUCCCGCUCUUUUUUCUGCAGACACGCACAGCAGGAACCUCCCCCAGAGAGCCAUCACUGAUGUUCUCAGAGCGCCAUCCAGGUGCCAAACAGCGUUCAUGUCGGCCCACAGCCAUUGUUGUGCAAUAAUACAUCACAGCAAGUUGACUGUGAAAUUACAUUUUCUGUCUCCAAGGAACCAAACUUUAUUUUUUUAUUUUUGUCCUCUCCCCCCCACGUCUGUUGCCUUUCUUCUUCUCACUGCGCUGCUCUAUGUCCCGAAACUAAUGGAGUGAGAAAUAAAAUUAAAGUAAACGGUGAGAUUGAUGUUCAAUUGUCAAGAAGAGGGGGAGGAGAGUAAAGAGCGUUUAAAAAAAAAAAAGGGCAGUUGUUGAAAGAAUGUGCUUGAAAGAGCUCGUGAGGACACUUUAUGAAAUAUCAACAACACCCGCCACAGAAAUGGGGUGUGAUGUUUGUGGCGGAGGCCAAGAACUGUCACGCCGCUUCUUGCUGGACAUGAAUUGUAAGCAUGCAUUUUUCAGAUUGUAAUGUAAUAAUGUAAUAAUUUUAAUGUAAUAAUGUAAUAAUUGUAAUUUAAUAAUGUAAUAAUCACAUUUUGUAAUGAUUGGCUGCUGCACUUUUUUAUGUAAAUAAAAUGUAAUAAUUGA